CGGAAGGACACGGGCACGACCGGUGGGCCGAGCGAGAGCGAGCGAUACGCAAAGAAACAAAAACGAGAAAGCAUUCCAUCGAGGGCUGCGUGAGCGAACGAGAAGUACACUCGAAUGCUGGUGUUUUUGGAAAGGCACAACGGCACACAAGAACGGGGCAGCUUGCGCGAUGGUGCCGUGCGCCUUUGUGAGUGCGUGCGUGUGCGUAUGCUUGUUUCUCCACGGAACACACGGGACAAAAAUCCGUUCGCUUGCCAAAGGCCCAGUAAAUGGUUGGUUUCGGUACUACGCUGCAAACCUUCCCGUUUUCGAUUUUUGUGUUGUCGCAGUCGGCAGAAACAACCGAAGUUAGCUCGGUGAAAAUGGGACUGUGAAGCAACCCAGUGCACUACGACCCGGAGCUGAUGGAGCCCCAGGAGCACAAGCAACCGAAACCAGGAAUGAACGGCACGGUUUCCCGACUGUGUCAGUCCCCCUUGUCGAGGAGAGAGAGAGAGAGCAUAACUGGGCCAAAAGAUUGAGGAAGCUGCCUUAGUCCGGGAACACUACCCAACCCGGUGGAAAAUGGUUUCCACCGCUGGAGCAACCAUGCUAUCGACCCUUCUUUGCAGUGCAAAAAGUAGUCAGAUGAACCAUCCCAACUAAGGUGAUUCCGACACGGCGGUCAUAUAUGUGUUUUUUGUGAGUGUGUCCUCUUACGUAUGCCCUGGAUUAGAUGAGGAUGGUGUCUCCAGUCGCUGCCGAUCUGCCACUUGACAGUUCUCGCACAACCUAAACAGCAUCAAAAGCAGCUAAAGGAAAAAAAACAUACGCACAUCCUUUGAAAACCGUUGACUGAUUGUAUCAAGGAUCAUAUCGAGUGCUUCACCGGCACCAGAACCAUCUCCCGAACGAUAUUGAUUACGAAGUCCAACGGGAAGCUACUGGACCCCAAGGAAUUCCCCAGAAAAAUAUACUGCACCGGACUUCGAUUGCAGCAUUAGAAGAAUUGUAGGAAAGAAGGACAACUUUGGCUGAUUCCGUGUUCCUAACGCAUGCGGAAUGCAUAACAGAUAGUGCAGUUUCGAAGAAACUUAAUCCAACGAAGUCGGAGGGGGCCCGCUGUUGCUGUGGAGCUGAUAACAGAAAAGAAGAGAAUAUUUUCGUCCCUUCCGGGUCUGCUUGUACGCCAGCGGUUGAAUUUGGUGCCCCAAAGGAGUCAACAAACUACACAAGAAAAUGCCCAGCGCUUCCUUCACGUCGUCUCGAUCGUACGUCAGGCGGUCCCGGCGGAAGGGCAAUCGAAUUCCGCUGCCAUCGAGAACAUCCGCACUCUGCGAACCACCGGGACAAAACAUUCCAGCACCAAAUGUCGGCGCAGCCCUAUCUUCGAGUGGUGGCAGCGGAGGAGGAGGAGGAGGAGCGGGAGGCCCAGCUGUAACAGCUGCAGCACCUCCGGCAGCCGGGACGGGUCCCGCGACAACCGUCGUCAACACUACGCUCAACUCGAGCGCUGGUGCCACAAACAGCAGUAGUACCGGUUCGCCCGGUUCAUCCAACUCUAACGCUCCCUCUACAUCCACAUCGUCCUCCGGCUCAUCGUCCUCAGCAUCGUCGUCUUCGUCGACGUCCUCAGCGCUUGGUUCCUCCUCGUCGACAACCCUUACCACUGGCUCCGGAACGUCUUCGAUGGUCGGCGGCGCCGGUUCAUCUUCUGGCCUACUGUCGUCCCCGCCACUGUCACAUCUGAACUUUAGCAGCGGGUACACCGGUGUGACAGCAACCAACACCGGUGCCGGCAGUUCCGCCACGGGUGCGCCAUCCUCCUCGACCACCACCACCUCUUCACAGUGUCUCUCUGCGAUAUCGGCAUCACUGUACGCGCUCGGCGGAACCGGUGCAAGUAGCAGCACUUCCUCUUCAUCCACCGGAACAUCUUUCGGUGCCGGUGGUGCAUCUUCCACUUCCGGAUCUUCCUCCUCCGCGACGGCGGGACCCUCCGGAUUUGGGCUGGGUGGUCCAGUUUCCUCGGUCACGCUUUCGGAGGUGAAACAGAGCUCCAACUCGCCAUACGAUCUGCGCAAGAAAUCGCCCCUUACGGCGCACGAUUCCGCGACCGGUGGAUCGUGGCUCGCGGGGGACGCACGACCCGCCACAACGACUUCAACAUCCUCCAGCUCCAGCGUUGCCAGUAAUUCAACGGGAGGAGGAGGAGGAGGUUCCUCGUCGAGCGUCGGUGGUGUGUCAUCCUCAUCUUCUUCGACUGCUUCCGCGUCGUCCACUGCGACGCUCUCGACGUCCGCUGGUUCGGGCUCCUCGACCGGAGGAAUGAUGGGUCUCGGCUGUGGUCCACCGUCCUCCUCAUCCUCCUCCUCCGCUUCUUCCUCGUCCGGUGGUGGAAACUGUGGUGCCACGGCGGGAGGAAGUAGCAGCAACGGUGGCAACAGUUUACUCCAUCACCACCACCAUCAUCAUCAAUCAUCGCACCAGUAUCAAUCGUCCGUUGGCUACGAUCCGAAUGCGGCCGCCUACAUGCUUCCGGCCCGCAAGCGUCCCCGACGCACCUACUCGUCCAGCACCGAAGCGGGCACUUCGAUGGCUGCAGCCACCAUGCCCCAACAACCGACGGCAGCCGCCGCCGCCCUUCUGGCGGCAACUGGGGCCGCCUCCUCCUCGGCAGCCUCCUCUUCCGUCGCUUGUCGGCCGGCCGCGACUGCCGCCGUCGUAUCGCUCACCUCCCCGGCCACUCCAUCGCCACCCAUGGCUGCGGCCUGCGCUGCGGCCGUCGCGGUUGCGGGCACCAUGUGUAUGCAAUCGGCCGCCCACUACCUGCAGUACGAGAUGCCGGACGAGGUGCUGUUGACGAUCUUCUCCUACCUGUACGAGCAGGACCUCUGUCGGGUAGGGCUCGUCUGCAAGCGCUUCCAGACGAUCGCGAACGACAAGGAGCUGUGGAAGCGGCUCUAUCAGAACGUGUACGAAUACGAUCUACCGCUGUUCAACCCGGAACCGUGCCGGUUCGCGUUCGUCAAGCCGGACGAGUCGGAGUACGCCAACCCGUGGAAGGAAAGCUUCCGGCAGCUGUACCGGGGCAUUCACGUGCGGCCCGGCUACCAGGAUCGUCGGUACCAAGGGCGCACGCUGGCCUACUUCAACACGGUGCAGGCUGCGCUCGAUUAUGCGGACGAGAAAAACUCGGCCAACAGCAGCGCUGUGGCGGCGAUAUCCGGUGCCACGGGUAACAACAAUGGGAAUGCGGGGAACGGUGCGAGUGGGAACGGACUUAACAGCAAUAGCGUCAGCGCCAACGCCAACAACGGUGGAGAAGAUACCGGCGGAGGAGGUGGUGGUGGUGGUGGCGGUGCUGGAAACGGCGCGGAUGUCGUACUCGCCGGAGGUAGCUUAAUUUUCCUGCACAGCGGUACAUACCGGGGCGAGUUCCUGGUGAUCGAUUCCGAUGUUGCACUGAUCGGAGCGGCCCCGGGAAACGUGGCCGAAUCGAUCAUACUGGAGCGAGAGUCCGAGUCGACGGUAAUGUUCGUCGAGGGGGCGAAGCAUGCGUACGUGGGACACAUGACGCUCAAGUUUUCACCGGACGUGACGUCGACGGUCCCGCACCAUAAACACUACUGCCUAGAGGUGAGCGAAAACUGCAGCCCCACGGUUGAUCAUUGCAUCAUCAGGAGUACGUCUGUCGUCGGUGCGGCCGUUUGUGUAAGUGGCGUUGGUGCCAACCCGCUGAUCAAGUACUGCGACAUCAGCGACUGCGAGAACGUGGGACUGUACGUAACGGACUACGCGCAGGGUACGUACGAGCACAACGAGAUCAGCCGGAACGCGCUGGCCGGCAUUUGGGUGAAGAACUACGCUAGUCCAAUCAUGCGCGAAAAUCACAUCCACCACGGGCGUGACGUGGGCAUCUUUACAUUCGACAAUGGCAUGGGAUAUUUUGAGAAAAAUGACAUCCACAACAACCGAAUAGCGGGCUUCGAGGUAAAGGCGGGUGCAAAUCCGACCGUCGUAAAGUGUGAGAUACACCAUGGUCAAACGGGCGGCAUCUAUGUGCACGAGAAUGGACUCGGGCAGUUUAUAGAGAACAAAAUUCAUUCCAAUAAUUUUGCGGGUGUGUGGAUUACAUCGAAUAGCAAUCCCACAAUCAGAAAGAACGAAAUCUACAACGGCCACCAGGGAGGCGUAUAUAUUUUCGGCGAGGGCCGCGGCCUCAUCGAGCACAACAACAUCUACGGCAAUGCGCUGGCCGGCAUCCAGAUUCGCACGACAAGUGACCCGAUCGUGCGGCACAACAAAAUCCAUCACGGUCAGCACGGUGGCAUCUACGUGCACGAGAAGGGUCAGGGUUUGAUCGAGGAGAACGAGGUGUACGCGAACACGCUGGCCGGUGUGUGGAUUACGACCGGCAGUACGCCCGUUCUACGGCGGAAUCGGAUUCACUCGGGUAAGCAGGUCGGUGUGUACUUCUACGACAACGGUCACGGCAAGCUGGAGGACAACGACAUCUUCAAUCAUCUGUACUCGGGCGUGCAGAUACGAACCGGGAGCAAUCCGGUGAUCCGAGGUAACAAGAUCUGGGGCGGUCAGAACGGUGGUGUGCUGGUGUACAACGGUGGGCUGGGGUUGCUCGAGCAGAAUGAAAUCUUCGACAACGCGAUGGCGGGCGUGUGGAUCAAGACGGACUCGAAUCCGACGCUGCGAAGGAAUAAGAUCUACGACGGGCGUGAUGGUGGUAUCUGUAUUUUCAAUGGUGGCAAGGGUAUCCUGGAGGAGAACGACAUCUUCCGGAACACGCAGGCCGGCGUGCUCAUCUCGACCCAAAGCCAUCCGGUGCUGAAGCGGAAUCGGAUCUUCGACGGCUUGGCGGCUGGUGUCGAGAUUACGAACAAUGCGACCGCGACGCUCGAGUACAAUCAAAUCUUUAAUAACAAGUUCGGAGGGUUGUGUCUCGCCAGCGGCGUCCAGCCGAUCGUCGGCGGCAAUAAGAUCUUCAACAAUCAGGACGAGGUGGAGAAGGCUGUCUCGGGCGGUCAGUGCCUGUACAAGAUCUCGUCGUACACCUCCUUCCCGAUGCACGAUUUCUACCGCUGCCAUACGUGCAAUACCACCGACCGGAAUGCCAUCUGUGUGAAUUGCAUCAAAACGUGCCACUCCGGUCACGACGUGGAGUUCAUCCGACAUGAUAGAUUCUUCUGCGAUUGUGGUGCCGGUACGCUCACCAACCAGUGUCAGCUGCAGGGCGAACCGACGCAGGACACCGACACGCUGUACGACUCGGCGGCUCCAAUGGAAUCGCACACCCUGAUGGUGAACUAGGAUAAAUAAUCGCCGCAUCCUUACAUUUAGGCUCGUUAAGUUGUGUUGUUUUUUAUGUUAUAAAUUUUCGUGGCCAUGUCAUGAGAGUACGAGAACGUAGAAGAACGCCGCCUGCCGCGCGCGUGAUUCCACGGAUUAUACACACGGAACUGGUAACUUAAUAUUGCGGCAAUCAAUGCAAUUAGUUUUCAUUGUCGAAACCAGAAACUUCGUCAAACAAACAAGCACGCCAACCUUCUCUUGGUGGUGCAAGCGGGGAAGGGUAAUGGAAACAAGACGGAUAUCUAUGUAGGUUGAAAAGGGCAGAGGGAAGGCCAUGCGGAAGGCGAUAGUAUUUUUACCUUGUAAGAUGUAGUAAUUUCAAAAGAAAAUUAGAAGAACUAUCCACUAUCCCCCCCUCUAUCCCAGGGGCCCUCUCGCGAGUGUA